AAGCUAUCGAGAAAAAUCGAUAUUGUUUAUGUUUAAAAUAUCAUGGGAAAAUUUUCCUAAAUACGAAGCAAAAUUAGAGUUAUUUCCGUUUUUUGAAUUAAGGAUUUCUAUAAUGAAAAUUAUUUUGUUUGUAUUAUGGAAAAAGAAAAGAGAUGAGGGCUGGUUGUGGGUGUGUAGUGGAAAAUAAAAAAGAUGUAAUGAGCUAAUCCAACAUGCAAUGUUUGUUAAUUAAAUACAUAAAAUAAUUGAGUGGGUGGGACACUUCUGCACCUACAUACAUAUUACUAAAAUAUUCCCAAUCAGUUCUUUAUUUGAUUACUUGAAAAAUCUUCCAAUUACUAAUCAUAAUUAUAAUCAAUUGUUUAUUUCAAAUUAAUUAAUUAAGCGCUUCUUCCAGGAACCUUCGUCUUCCAUUUUCAGAACAGCCGGCUCCCUUCUUCAACACAAUUACUCUAAUUAUUCUUACCAUAACUAAAUUAAUUGCUGUUUUGUUUCUCUGGAGAUGGGAUCUGCUGGGGAUAAGUUAGACCUUCAACUUGACGAGGAGAUUCCAUUUAGCUCAUCCCAGGGAACUAUCAAAAUAGACAGUCUGUAUUAUGAGGCACCUCAUAUUGCAAGUUGUCGCUCUACUAGGGUCUUAACAAAGAUGUAUCAGAUCAGCCUUCUAAGGAGUAUAUACAUUGUUAUUAUCAAAGCAAAGAUCAAUUUGUUACUUCCUUUUGGCCCCCUCGCCAUAUUGCUUCACUAUCUUACAGGAAAACAUACUUGGGUCUUUUUCUUCAGUUUACUGGGCAUUACACCUUUAGCUGAGCGCUUGGGCUAUGCAACCGAGCAGCUCGCAUUCUAUACCGGGCCAACAGUUGGGGGCCUUCUGAAUGCAACAUUUGGAAAUGCAACUGAAAUGAUAAUCUCGCUAUAUGCAUUGAACAAUGGAAUGAUGCGGGUUGUUAAACAGUCCUUGCUGGGUUCCAUUUUAUCAAAUAUGCUCUUGGUUCUUGGCUGUGCCUUCUUCAGUGGUGGAAUUAUUCAUCAGCAGAAAGUUCAGGUCUUUAAUAAGGCUACUGCCAUUGUGAACUCAGGAUUAUUGUUGAUGGCAGUCAUGGGUUUGUUAUUUCCAGCUGUACUUCAUUUCACCCACACGGAAUUGCAUUUUGGCAAGUCACAGUUGGCUCUUUCAAGAUUUAGCAGUUGCAUAAUGCUGGUAGCAUAUGCAAGCUACCUAUUCUUUCAGCUCAAGAGUCAACCAAAUCUUUAUAGCUCUAUGAGUGAGGAUGAAGAACACAAUUCAGCAGAUCCUGAAGAGGAAGAGGCGCCUGAGAUAACCCAGUGGGAAGCUAUUGGGUGGCUUGCUGUUUUGACAAUAUGGAUAUCAGUGCUGUCUGGAUAUCUAGUAGAUGCCAUCGAGGGUGCAUCUGACUCGUUGAACAUGCCGAUGUCCUUUAUUAGUGUCAUCUUGCUUCCAAUUGUAGGAAAUGCGGCAGAACACGCCAGUGCAAUCAUGUUCGCAAUGAAAGAUAAGCUUGACAUCACACUUGGAGUUGCAAUUGGAUCUUCUACUCAGAUAUCAAUGUUUGUGAUACCGUUUUGCGUUGUUGUUGGUUGGUUUAUGGGAAAGCCCAUGGACUUGAAUUUUCAAUUAUUCGAGACCGCUACACUCUUCAUCACAGUGCUAGUCGUGGCAUUCAUGUUGCAGGAAGGCACAUCAAACUAUUUUAAAGGGUUGAUGCUGAUCCUAUGCUAUCUGAUUGUUGCUGCAAGUUUUUUUGUACACGUUGAUCCAUCCAAUGAUGCAGAGUAAGCAGCCAUGGUUUUACCCAUGCCUCGGCCAAAUGAGCACCUCGACUCCUGGCAAUGUAAUGAACAUCAUUGAGGCUGGCCAGCUGCUCUACCCAAAUGAUGAUUGGAUUGGAGGAAUGAAGGGACUUGCUUGUUACAACGAUAUGUUCAGAGUAGUUCGGUAUUGACUUCUUGAAUGUUUAUCCAUGUUGUAUCAUUUUUCUCUAGCAGACAAACAAUUCCAAUUAUUCCCAGCAAUGCAAGAAAGCUGGUUUUAGUCUUCCACUUGGAG